CGCCCGCAGAGCUGACGGCACCGACUCCGGCGGAGCGCAGCGCCCCGACUCCCGAGGCGCAAGGCCAGCUCUGCAAACUUGUUAUUAGUGUGUGAGCUGCUACUCCUGGGGUCGGGUCCCUGAGCCAUGGAGGCACCUCUGCAGACAGAGAUGGUGGAGCUGGUGCCCAACGGCAAACACUCAGAGGGGCUCCUUCCAGUCAUGAGCCCUCCAACCGGCAGCCAUCGGGUGGAGGGCCCACGACGCAGCUGCGUGGAAGGCGAGGGCUUCCUGCAGAAAGGCCCCAGCAAGGAGCCACAGUUCACCGACUUUGAGGGGAAAACGUCAUUCGGGAUGUCGGUGUUCAACCUCAGCAACGCCAUCAUGGGCAGUGGUAUCCUGGGGCUCGCCUAUGCCAUGGCCAACACGGGCAUCAUCCUCUUCCUGUUCCUGCUCACAGCAGUCGCCCUGCUCUCCAGCUACUCGAUCCACCUGCUACUCAAGUCCUCGGGAAUCGUGGGCAUUCGUGCCUACGAGCAGCUGGGCUACCGUGCCUUCGGAACCCCGGGAAAGCUGGCGGCAGCUCUCGCUAUCAUACUGCAGAACAUUGGAGCCAUGUCCAGCUAUCUGUACAUCAUCAAGUCAGAGCUGCCCCUGGUCAUUCAGACCUUCCUGAACCUGGAGGAGCGAACCUCGGACUGGUACAUGAAUGGGAACUACUUGGUAAUCCUGGUCUCCAUCACCAUCAUCCUCCCGCUGGCACUCAUGCGGCAACUCGGUUACCUGGGAUACUCCAGCGGCUUCUCCCUCAGCUGCAUGGUGUUCUUUCUCAUUGCAGUUAUCUACAAAAAGUUCCAAGUGCCCUGCCCACUGCCCCUACAUGCUGCUAACAUGACCGGCAACUUCAGUCUCAAAGAUGGCGCCCAGGAAGAGGUGGCAUGGCAGCAGCAUGGCGCUGAGGCUGACGAGGCCUGCAGCCCCAGAUACUUCAUGCUCAACACUCAGACGGCGUACACCAUUCCCAUCAUGGCCUUUGCCUUCGUUUGCCACCCCGAGGUGCUGCCUAUCUACACUGAGCUCAAGGACCCCACCAAGAGGAAGAUGCAGCAAAUCUCGAACAUCUCCAUCGCAGUCAUGUACGUCAUGUACUUCCUGGCUGCUCUCUUCGGCUACCUCACCUUCUAUGAUGGGGUAGAGUCGGAACUGCUGCAUACCUACAGCAAGGUGGACCCCUUUGACGUGCUAAUCCUGUGUGUCCGCGUGGCUGUGCUGACGGCUGUCACGCUCACGGUGCCCAUUGUCCUGUUUCCGGUGCGCCGUGCCAUCCAGCAGAUGCUCUUCUCCAACCGGGACUUCAGCUGGCUGCGACAUGUGCUCAUUGCCGUCAUCCUGCUUACUGGCAUCAACCUACUGGUCAUCUUUGCUCCCAACAUCCUGGGCAUCUUCGGGGUUAUCGGUGCCACAUCUGCCCCGUGUCUCAUCUUCAUCUUCCCUGCCAGCUUCUACUUCCGCAUUGUACCCACUGAGAAGGAACCUGCUAAGUCUAUCCCCAAAAUUCUGGCCCUGUGCUUUGCUGUAUUUGGCCUCCUGCUGAUGACCAUGAGUUUGAGUUUCAUCAUCAUUGACUGGGCCUCAGGAACUAGCCGGCAAGGAGGAAGCCACUAGGAGACCCCCUCUGUCACCUCCUUGGUCCUAACAGCAC